AUGGCUAAUUCAUCAGGACUCCUCAAACUAGGGACUCUUGUAAUGUUCGUAUCCAUGCUUAUCAUGAGUUUCUCCCAUGGAGGGCAAACACAAAUCUCCUGUGACACUGUUGACAACGACCUGUUUCCAUGCCUUAGCUUCGUCCUGAUUGGAGGUAAAGUUGCACCUGCUUGCUGCAGUGGGAUUAAGACUCUACUCAGCCUGGCUAAGACUAAAACUGAUCGCCAGAGUGUUUGUUCUUGCUUGAAAUCUGUUGCUCAGAGUGCUACUGAUGGUCAGCUCAAGAAUGCUGCACAAAUCCCUCAUCUGUGUGGUGUUAAUCUCCCAUACAAUAUUUCUCGCAACAUCGACUGCACAAAGUAA